AUGACUCACGGAGAGGAAAAACUCACGUUUUCAAAAAUACCAAAAGCGACCAAAGUACCUGCUGAGGAAGCACCCCGGCGAAGCACACGAGAGAACGUUGCAAAGAACACUGCGCAGUCCUAUUCGUUAGCAGAAGCCCGAGCACUUGCUCAAAAACAAAAAGCAGAAGCCACUGCUACCAAACCAAAAGCUAGGAGAUCAAUCCUAAGUAAAAAGCAGCCGUUAAAAGAGCUCGCAACCGCGCUAACUGAAAUCGAAAGAACUGAGUUAAACGCAUCAGCGGAAGAGUCAUUUUAUCAAACUGCUUCUGAAGAGAUAAACCCACAAUUUACGGUCACAAAGACAUACAAAAUGAAAGAUCUACCUACCACUAAAGAAAGGAGUGCGCCUAAAUUUAAUGAAAGCGAACCCACAGAGUUGUUAAGGUACCUAGAGGAGGUAGAAGAGUUGUUCAAAAAGUAUGAUGUAACUGAAGAAAAAGAUAAAAAGAAGACAGCCUGUAAAUACGCGCCGGCGGCCACAGAGGCGGAAUGGAAAGCGUUCAGUUCUUAUGACAAAGGGACGUGGAUAGAAUUCAAACGAGACCUGAUCGCCAGUUAUCCAGAAGUGGUGUUGCUGCAUAGAGGUUCGAUUGCAACACUGGAUAAAUUGUGCAAAACCUACAAAGGAAAUAACCAGUUGGAAUCCAACGAAAGCACCCGCCUAGCAGCUUUCGUAAGACCUUUUCGCGCAGAAGCAGUAAAGCUUCUCAAGGAUCCUGCGUUGGUAUCCAACCGAGACCUGGUGACAAGGUUCAUGGGAUGUUUAAGUGACGAAUUUGCGAGAAGAGUUAGCAUCAAAUUAGACUCUGACUCAGACACGAAAAAUGCGAUUAGAAAACUCACUGCUGCGGCACCCGCUGGGGAUGGAAUUCCCCUAAUCGAAGAAUCGGCCUUCAUCAGAUGGGAGGACCGCCACAGCUUGCCUGAUGUAAUAGCAGCUGCUACCAAUAUCGCGGAAAUGGGGGCUUGGUCACGUACGGGUGAGACUCGAGUAGUACCCAACGAACAACGCACAUAUGGGGCUGAUCAGCUAGCUAGCACGAACCGCUCCGAGACCACUGUAAAAUUGGAAGAAACGAUUGCGCAACUCGCGGAUACGGUACUGAACAGUGAGAAGCAACGGGCGGCGGAAUAUAGGCAACUGCAGGAUGCACAGAUGAGACAGUAUCAAGAGUUUCAAAGCUUUAUGUCAUCGUUCAGGCAAAAUACGAACAUGAACUCAUCAGCGCCAGUUGGUAACAACUAUGGGGCGCCGAGGGUAAGAACAAAUCAGAAUAAUGGUUGCUACUAUUGCAAAGAAGAAACACACCAUAUCUACGAGUGUCCCUACAUCAAAAAGCAUCUGGAACUUAAGUGGAUCAUAAAAAAUCACGACAACCACAUUAGGUUGCCGGGAGGUUCACAGAUUCAUACAGAUGGCGUGAAAUCUCGCAAAGACAUAGUUGAACAACAGAACUAUAAAACACCAGGGGUGAUACCAGCAGCAAAAAUCAGUCAGAUGUAUAACCACCAAGAACGAGACUCACCAAUGGACGAAGCUCACUACAGACUUCACAGGCAGUACGAGCUUUCGAAAUCGCUGAGAUCGUUAACGGAAAACUUUGGUGAAGAUGCAUUGGAAGCAGUGCUAGAAGAGAGGCGGCGUUAUGCGGUUAAUGAAGAAGAAGAGCCAGCCCUGGCAAAUUUUCCUUAA